AGUUACGGUAUAAUCGAUAAUUAGUUUGAACUGCGCAUCAAAACAUUGUGGCUGUAAUUUACAAAAACAGUGAUUAAAGAGCAUGGCUCCUAAUCUUCAGCGGCUGGUGGCAGUUACCGGCUACAAUGAGCGAGUCAAUGAUGUCAUUUUCGUUGAAAGACAAAUUUCGACAGAUCCUGCUUCGGUGGUAGUGUUCUUCGGAGGGGAUGUCCAGGAUUACCCUGAGAACAUGAAAAGUCAUCGGGACCAUGGGGUGUAUGUUGAAUAUAAUUUAGAAGCAGUAGCAGAGAUUUUAGCUUCUAAAUUUAAAAGUAGCUUCAUAUGUGUUAUACGUCCUGCAAAGGUAGAAUUAAAGACCUUUAGUUGUUUCUCCAACUUUGUAACAUGCAAUGAUAUUGGCAGCCCUACUCAUUUGCCUAAUCACAAUGCACUUCUUCACUUGACAACAUUACUCCUAUCAGUGGCAGAACAAACAGGACAUUCUGAAGUUGGUUGUGAAUCCCCUUUGACAAUCAUGGGAUUUUCCAAAGGUUGUGUUGUCCUCAAUCAACUUUUGCAUGAAUUCCAUUAUUUUCACCAUCUCCCAGUAGACAAAGAAAGUCAUAUUAAUGCUCUGAUGGGACGUAUUCGAAAAAUGGUUUGGCUGGAUGGCGGACAUUCAGGAGGGAAAGAUACCUGGGUGACUUCCUCUAACGUAUUGUCGUCCUUGCAAUCAACGGGUAUAGCGGUAGAUAUUCAUGUUACUCCUUAUCAGGUGAAUGACGAUCGUCGACCCUGGAUUGGUAAAGAAGAAAAACAGUUUCAUACGCUUCUGAAAAAGCUGGGAGUCGUCUUAUUUCGAAAAGUACAUUUUGCGGAGGAACCGCCUUCGCUUGAUAAUCAUUUUCUUCUCCUGAAAAUUUUUUGCUAACUUUCGUACAUUAAAAAAAUUCUGAUUGAGAUUUCUGUCCGACGCGAAAUCCUUGUUAAUAAAAUCAAACUAUACUCGUA